AUGUCUGGUCACCCCGUUAAUAUGUGCGAGAAUUGUGGGGCUUUAUCACCGCAACGCUGUGGUCGAUGCAAGGCGUUCUUCAUUUGCAGUCGGGAGUGUAUGAAGGCCGUCUGGCGCCGGCACAAGCCAGACUGUGAUAAGAUCGUAGCGGCGACGGAGUAUCUCAAAUCGAUUGGAGACGAAGGGUCUGGCGUGCCAUGCAUGAUCUCAGCUGGGGAUAAACUUCUCCUGGACAAUCGCUGCCUUGCGGUCUACCAGAAGUACGGGUAUCAGCUCUUCCUGGACAUUUUGCGAGAGAAUGACACGUGCUCCGGGAUAAAGACGGAUCACGCUGGUGUCGUGAGUCGCUAA